AUGUCGUACGAAGAGCGCUCCAAUGCGCGUCCUAACGUGAAUGACGACUCUGAUGCCGAGGAGGAGGCUUUGGUCAACGACUACAGAGAGCAGGUGCAUUUCGAAGAUGGAAUGAGCGACCUCGACCGCACCACUUCACUUGGUGGCGCGUCUCAGACACAAGAUCUUCAGGCACAGCUUACCGCUGCAGCCACCCCGCUCGAGUACCAGGCGACUUUGGAGACCAAGUUUGCCAGCUACGACAACUACUGCAGCCUGUUCCAUUAUAUCCUGAACUCUGAAGGCCCUGUUGAAUUGGAGGCUCCCUCGUACUAUUGGGCCUGGGAUGUCAUUGACGAGUUUAUUUAUCAAUUCGAGUCUUUCUGCCGCUACCGGAACCGCGUGGCGCGAAGCGGAUCUAACGAAGAGGAAGCUCAACUCCUCCGGGAAAACCCUAACACCUGGGGUUGCUACUCGGUCCUCAACGUGCUCUACUCCUUGAUCCAGCGGUCACAAAUAAACGAACAGCUUGCUGCCAUCAAACGGGGUGAGGAUCCGGCAGCCGUGGCGGGAGAAUACGGCUCACGCCCACUCUACAAGAUGCUGGGGUACUUCUCCAUUAUUGGACUAUUGCGAGUGCACUGCUUGUUGGGUGACUUCAGUCUCGCCUUGAAGACGCUGGAUGACAUCGAGAUGAACAAAAAGGCCAUGUUCGCUCGUGUCAUGGCUGCCCACUUCACCACCUACUACUACGUGGGUUUCUCAUACAUGAUGAUGCGCCGCUAUGCCGAUGCCAUUCGCAUGUUCAGCCACAUCCUCGUUUACGUAUCGAGGACAAAGAACUUCCAGAAGGGCAGCAGUCAGUACGACGCUAUCACGAAGAAGAACGACCAGAUGUAUGCCUUGAUCGCCAUCUGUGUUGCCUUCCACCCUACCCGUCUGGAUGACACCAUUCACACUGCUCUUCGCGAGAAGUACGGCGAGCAGUUCCAUCGCCUCCAGCGCGGUGGACCAGAGGCCCUGCCUCUGUUCGAGGAGCUGUUCCGCUCGGCCUGCCCCAAGUUCAUCAGCCCCACUCCUCCAGACUUUGACAACCCUUCGGUCAACAUCGACCCUGUUGAUCACCACACCGCCAUUUUCAUGGAUGAGGUGAAGAACACACUCUUCAACCCCACUGUCAAGUCUUAUCUGAAGCUCUACACCACUAUGGACUUGAGCAAACUCGCUGGCUUCCUUGACGUCGAGCCCGAGAAGUUGCGUGCAUGGCUUCUUGUUAACAAGCAGCGCAGUCGCCAGAUCCGCUGGGCUGAAGGUGGUCUUUUGGAAGGCGAGCCUAUCAGCGCCAGUGAUUUGGACUACGCCAUCGAAGGCGAGCUCAUCCACAUCAGCGAGGCCAAGGCUGGACGGAGACUUGUCGACUGGUACCUGCGCAACCUUGCUCGUACUUACUAA